AUGGAGAGUCAAAAUGGAAAGACAAAGCCAUUGAUAAAGCAGCAUUCUCACGCAAGACAAUCUUCCCAGGAAGAUUUUUUUUCUGAUUCAGAAGGGAACUUUUCAAAAUCUUCAGGCUAUGACCCCAAAAGGAUUCCAUCAUCCAUUUUCUCUACUCGAUCUGCAACACCUAUGGAGUGGAGUGUUGCUUCGAAUGAAUCGUUGUUUAGUAUUCAUCCUGGAAACUCCAGCUUCUCCAAAGAAAAUGUCCUGUUGCAUAAAUCUGGAGAAUUGGCAAAGGUAGAGGAUCAGCCUGGUAAAUCUUUUAAACCAGAUGAACCAAGCAAAGUUUCCAAGCCCGAUGAGACUGUUAAAGCUCCGCCUAGGUUGCCCCCUGUGGCCAAAUUAGCAGACAAUAUGGAGAGAAUCCUGGAAAUUGAUGAAGUAAACAAUAAUAAUAACAAUCAGCAAAAAUUCAGUCCUGCUGAUACACGUUCGGAGAGGAGUAGUAGUGCUACUAGCGUCAAGUCUUUUCAAUUCCCAGUAUUGGAAAGUGAUACGGGAAGACAUACUUCUGUAAAGAGGGAAAUCAUGGAGGAGAUGGAGAACCGAAGACAGACGUCUUUGAAAAAGGAAAGCUUGCAGGAAGAGAAGGAGAAGAGGCCAUUGACAUGGCAUUCCCAGCAACAGUCACAGUCCAGUGAGCGACCGUGUCAUAGUGAUCAGAGCCAGGAGCCGCCGUGGCCUCAGCCUGAGUCGGAAACCUCAACAAAAGCACCAAAAUUUGGCUCCAACAACACCAGCAGCUGGUUCUCAUGCAUUUCAUGUUUGUCACCUUGCACUUCCAAAUAA